AUGCCCCGAGCACGAGACCUGAACAUUCCCUUGGACGGAACCCCCGGACCUAACAACGCCAUCACAGACGUGCCAGGCGUCGAGGUCGGAUACACGACCCUCACCUCUGGCGGCGCCAAAACCGGCGUGACGGCCAUUCUGCCGCGCGGAAAAACCGGCGUCGGCAAGGCGUGCACCGCCGCUACCUUCUCCUUCAACGGCAAUGGCGAGCUGACGGGCCGGUCCAUGAUCGACGAGGCAGGCGUUCUGGCGCUUCCAAUCCUCAUCACCAACUCGCACUCGGUCGGGGCUGUCCAUCGAGCCUGCGAUCUGUGGGUCGCCAAACAUUUCCCCAAAGUCGCUGCUCAAUGGAUGCUGCCGGUGGUGGGCGAGACGUGGGACGGAUACCUCAACGAAAUCAACGGCGAUCACGUUAAAGAAGAUCACGUGUUCGACGCACUCAACACCGCAUCUUCCGGGCCUUUACAGGAGGGCAAUGUCGGCGGUGGCACAGGCAUGAACUGCUACUCCUUCAAGGGUGGCUCGGGCACCUCGUCCCGGAACGUGCAAUUCGGCACCAAAUCGUACACAGUGGGCUGUUUGCUGCAGGCCAAUUUCGGGCGCCGAAACGAGUUUAAGGUCGCCGGAAGACCUCUCGGCAAAGACUCGAAGGCCCCGAAUCCGAUGGGAACUACCGACUGGUUUGAACGAGAAGCCGAGGGUCUGCCCAAGGUGCCCGAAGGGUCGGGCUCCAUUAUUGUAGUCAUUGCCACCGACGCGCCCCUGCUUCCUGGACAGUUGCAGGCUCUGUGCAGACGAGUACCUCUGGGACUGGCACGAACAGGUACCUCAGGAGGACACUUUUCUGGCGACAUUUUUGUAGCGUUUUCGACUGCCGAGUCCGCGGCGUCGAUUGCAUCCAAAAUGCCCUAUGGUCCGGCCAAGGACGAAGAUAUCCAGACCAUCCAGUUUGUACCCUGGGGGCAUAUCGACAUGUUCUAUGAGGCGGUGGUGCAGUGUGUCGAGGAGGCCGUGUUGAAUGCCAUGGUUGCCGCAGAGGAUAUGGAGGGUCGGGACGGCCACAAGAGUUUUGCCUUGCCUCAUGGCGAGGUGAGAGAGGCCUUCUGCACAUAG